AUGAGGAAGGAGAGGCAGACGGGGGCAGACGAGGAAGGGGAGGGGGUGGGAGUAGAGAUGGAGUCUCCUCCUGAGUGUUCUGCGUCCUCAUUGGGCGACAAGGGCACUAGGGGAGGGGCUUCCUUCACCACAACGUGGGAGUGAAAGAUUCGGAGUGCGACAGCUCGGAUCAGACCAGGCAUAGCCAAUCCCACGACAGGGGCGGGGUUAAAGCAGUGAAGGAGGAGAAGCUUUCCUCCCACCCUCUCCCUUCCUCCUCCUCCUCUCUCCUCCUCCUGAGGGUCUUUGCAUUGAAAGGAGGGGCUCUCUGAAGAGGCCCGGCGUCCGGUCGAGGUUCUGAUGUGUUCUAAGAUGGCGUCAAAGCCGUUAAAGAAGUCCUGCAGGUUCCCUCCCACCGCUCUUAGAACCCGCUCGUUCUCCUCGAAACACAGACCGAAGAACUCCUCCCCGAAACGCUCCCUCAGCUCACAGAACCGCACACCUAGAACACAGCGCAAACAGAACCUCAGGACAACAUAAGGACAACACAACUACAACCUCAGGACAACGUAAGGACAACACAACUACAACCUCAGGACAAUGUAAAGACAACACAACUACAACAUCAGGACAACGUAAGGACAACGUAAAGACAACACAACUACAACAUCAGGACAACGUAAGGACAACACAACUACAUCAGGACAAUGUAAGGACAACACAACUACAACAUCAGGACAACGUAAGGACAACACAACUACAACAUCAGGAGAACGUAAGGACAACACAACUACAACAUCAGGACAAUGUAAAGACAACUCAACUACAACAUCAGGACAACGUAAGGACAACACAACUACAACAUCAGGAAAACGUAAGGACAACACAACUACAACAUCAGGACAACGUAAAGACAACACAACUACAACAUCAGGACAACGUAAGGACAACACAACUACAACAUCAGGACAACGUAAGGACAACACAACUACAACAUCAGGACAACGUAAGGACAACACAACUACAACAUCAGGACAACGUAAGGACAACACAACUACAACAUCAGGACAACGUAAGGACAACACAACUACAACAUCAGGACAACGUAAAGACAAACACAACUACAACAUCAGGACAAUGUAAGGACAACACAACUACAACAUCAGGACAAUGUAAGGACAACACAACUACAACAUCAGGACAACGUAAGGACAACACAACUACAACAUCAGGACAACGUAAGGACAACACAACUACAACAUCAGGACAACGUAAGGACAACACAACUACAACAUCAGGACAACGUAAGGACAACACAACUACAACAUCAGGACAACGUAAAGACAACACAACUACAACAUCAGGACAACGUAAGGACAACACAACUACAACAUCAGGACAACGUAAGGACAACACAACUACAACAUCAGGACAACGUAAGGACAACACAACUACAACAUCAGGACAACGUAAAGACAACACAACUACAACAUCAGGACAACGUAAGGACAACACAACUACAACAUCAGGACAAUGUAAGGACAACACAACUACAACAUCAGGACAACGUAAGGACAACACAACUACAACAUCAGGACAACGUAAGGACAACACAACUACAACAUCAGGACAAUGUAAGGACAACACAACUACAACAUCAGGACAACGUAAGGACAACACAACUACAACAUCAGGACAACGUAAGGACAACUCAACCACAACAUAA